AUGGCGUCUACAAGCAGGUCUUACAAUGAUGCGAUUGACAAGCUCAAUGAGCUUCAGACGCCGUUUGCGGUGAUUCAAGCUCGCCACAAGGCUGGCAUUCUGCCUGAUUCUGUCCUUGGCAUCGCAAAGAUGAGGGCGUAUCUCACCCGGAUCGGAUAUACUCCUGCGGACCUUGAUCGUCUAAACAUCAUCCACGUAGCGGGCACAAAGGGAAAAGGAAGCACCUGUGCCUUUGUCGACUCCAUCUUCUCUCAGUACCAGCAGCGGCAUGGCAGUCCUCGCAAGACGGGUCUCUUCACAUCGCCGCAUCUCAUGGCCGUGCGCGAGCGGAUCCGCAUAGACUCCAAGCCCAUCUCAGAAGAGCUUUUCGCGAAAUACUUCUUCGAGGUGUGGGAUCGCCUUGAGGAGUCGAGAGAGGCCCCUGACCCGGAAGUGCCGUUUGGAUCAAAGCCGGUGUAUGCCCGCUAUCUCACCCUCGUGAGCUGGCACGCGUUUUUGCAAGAGGGCGUCGAAGCGGCCGUGUACGAGACGGGCAUAGGGGGAGAGUACGAUUCGACAAAUCUGGUGUCGAGCCCGGUUGCGUCGGGCAUCAGCACGCUUGGCAUCGACCAUGUCGCUGUGCUGGGAGACACCGUCGAGAAGAUUGCCUGGCACAAAGCCGGCAUCAUGAAGACGGGCAGCCCGGCAUUUACGAUUGAGCAGCUGCCCGGGGCAGAAGAGGUUCUCGUGAAUCGAGCCAAGGAAAAGAGCGUUGAUUUGCAGGUGCUGAAGAUUGACCGUCGCUUGGAAGGCGUGAGAAUCCGACCAAACGCCACGUUUCAGAAGAAGAAUGCGACGCUGGCAAUCGCCCUCGCGGAGACGGCCCUCAAAAGACUAGGACUCAUAAAAGGGACCUCGGAGGCGGAGCUGCCCCGGGAAUUCAUCGACGGCUUGGAACAAUGCGUCUUCAGGGGUCGGUGCGAAGUGAAGCAGGAGAACAAGGUGACUUGGCAUCUGGAUGGCGCCCACACUGCAGACAGCUUGAAAAUGUCGUCCAAGUGGUUCGCCAGCGAGAUUACUGGCCGGACUGGCCCCAGAGUCAUGAUAUUCAACCAGCAAGGCCGCGUCGAAGCAAUCGAUUUCCUUCAACCCAUUUGCAACGCCCUCAAACGCCAUGACGACGACAAACCAUCCUUCGACCACGUCGUCUUCUGCACAAACGUCACAUACGCCCAAACGGGCUACAAGCGCGACUUUGUCAACAACACCAUUGACCCUGCCGAGGUCGACAAGCUCACCGUCCAGCGCAGCUUUGCCGACAAGUGGUCUGCCAUCGACCCCAAGGCCAAGGUGGUUGUCCUACCAACCAUCGAGGACGCCUUGAACUAUGCCCGCGGCGUGGCGGCGAGUGCGCCUGAGGGGCAGGCAGUGCAGGCGUAUGUGACGGGGAGUUUGCACCUUGUGGGCGGUGCGUUGGGCAUUCUCGAGGAAACGGAUGCUUUGUAAUACGAUUGGAAUAAUGUGAUGAUGUGGAAGCUUUGUGAAAAAAAGGGUCAAACGAUAAUGAUAAUUGGAAUUUUGGGCUAUAGACAAAGAAAAUAUUAUAUAUAGAGAGACUCGCGUGACGCAACUAUUUUGGUGUAUUUUGCCCCUCUUCUUUCUUUCUCUAUUUUUACGAUUCAAGAACUUGCAGUACACUUCCGACAAGAUGCAAACUUCCCGUGACCAAAAUCCUCGUCUUUCUUGACCCGCCAUCAUCCUGCCCUUGCGCAAGUCUUCUUGCCUCUGCCACUGUAUCCGCAGCGUUGUCAAAUAUCUGCACUUGACACCCGGGAACCAAGCUGCGCAUCGUCUCCGCCGCCUGCUUCUGCACAUCAAUGUCCCUUAGUUCUCCAUCAGGGGGCCUUGGGAUCUCGUUGCGUGUGAAGAUGGCAUGUCGGAAUAUGUCUUGUCUCCCCGCUUCCCUCUUUGCAGCUUCGACAAAGUCGGCCAAUAGUUGUGAUAUGUUCCUUUCCUGUUGGUUGAAUACCAGUAUCAAGGGCUCAUCCGUGCUUGAAUGGUGCUGGAUAGACCACUUUGCCACUUCUUCCAAGCUGUCUUUUGUAUGUGCUCCGUCCAAGAGCCACUCUGCCGUCCCGUCAUUGACAACCUCACAUCUGCCCCUGGGUUUCGCCUCCUGCAGUCCUUGAAUCAUCUUCUCGGGGAUAUUCUCCAGCGGCCCAUCUCCUCUCAUGUCAAGAUGCUCCCUCACAGCCGCGACAGCCAGCGCUUGGUUCUUCUUCUGAAAAUCUCCCUUCAACAGACCACUGACACCACCCCAUUGCUCAAUGUCUUCAUUUUCAAUCUCCACCAGCUCGGCCUUCUUUUCUGCGGCUCUCUCUCUUAGCACCUUCAUGACUCCCGGCUGUUCAUCCAACUUCAAUGUAAAUCCCUUGACCCCAGGCUUCAAUAUCCCUGCCUUGUGCCAUGAAAUCUUCUCCACCGUGUCCCCCAGCAUUGCCACAUGGUCAAUCCCCAAUUGCGAAAUAACCGCAGCCGAAACAGCCUCCGCGGGUAGUACAUUCGUCGAGUCAUAUUCGCCGCCAAUGCCGCACUCAAUAACCACAUCUUUGAUCCCUUCCUUGAGGAAGAUAUGCCACGCAAGAAUCGUCAAGAAACGAAAGUAAAACGGCUUCGACGCCGUACCUUCAGCCUCAGCAGGCGC